CCAAAUAAAUAACAUUUAAACUUAAUAUUUUAGAAUAUAAAAGAUAACUUCCGCCCGAGAUUCGAAGAAGCCGGAAGUGACGUCACGUCUUCAAAAAGGGCGGGAAAGCGUUGCCCACCCACCGCUCGCUCGCGGUCUGAGGGGGAAUCGCGAAACCCGAUAAAGUUUUAAGAACCGAUAACCGAAUAAACAAACAAGGGGACAAUGUACAUCAAGGCGAUCGUGCUGGACGGCUUCAAGUCGUACGCCCAACGCACAGAGAUCUGCGACUGGGAUCCGCUGUUCAACGCCAUCACGGGGCUCAAUGGCAGCGGCAAAUCCAACAUCCUGGACGCCGUUUGCUUCGUGCUCGGCAUCUCCAACCUGUCUCAGGUGAGAGCAGCAAGUCUGCAGGAGCUGGUCUACAAGAACGGCCAGGCUGGCGUUACAAAGGCAACCGUCUCCAUUACAUUCGACAACCGUGACCGGAAACAGAGCCCCCUGGGGUUCGAAGGCCAUGCGGAAAUCACCGUCACCAGACAGGUGGUGAUUGGCGGCAGGAAUAAGUAUCUGAUCAACGGGGUGAACGCCACCACGGCGCGUGUGCAGGACCUCUUCCGCUCUGUGGGCCUCAACGUCAACAACCCCCACUUCCUCAUCAUGCAGGGUCGCAUCACCAAGGUUUUGAACAUGAAGCCUCCUGAGAUCCUGGCGAUGAUUGAGGAGGCUGCGGGGACCAGGAUGUAUGAGAGCAAGAAACUGGCAGCGCAGAAGACUAUCGAGAAGAAGGAGGCCAAACUUAAGGAGAUCAACGACGUUCUGGAGGAGGAAAUUUCUCCAACGCUGGAAAAACUCAAACAGGAGCGCACCUCCUACCUGGAAUACAGCAAGCUGUGCCGGGAGCUGGAUUCUCUCCGGCGCCUGGUGAUCGCUCACCAGUUCUUCACGGCGAGCCAGGGCCAGGAAAACGCCGCUCUGCACCUCCAGAAGCUGCGUACUGAUGAGCAGGAGGCGCGAGAGGAGGUAGAGAGGCUGGAGGAGGAGGAGAAGAAGAGGGAGGGAGAGCUGCGGGAGAUGGAGAGGAAAAGGGACAAGGAGGCCGGAGGGGAUCUGUCCCGUGUGGAGGAGGCCCUGACCCAGGCCCAGCGUGCCCACGCCAAGGCCCAGAGCACCCUGGACAUCCGCACAGAGGCCCUGGCUACGGAGCAGGCGCACAGGGAGCAGCUGCUCGCUCACAUGCAGGAGGACGCCAGUGCCCGCGACGCCAAGCGCUCCCAGGUAGUGGCGCUGGAGGCGGCGCUGGCGUCGGCGUUGGCAUGCUCCCAGGAAGCGGCGAGGGGCCUGCAAGAAGCUCAGGCGCGCUUCGCGGCGGCCUCGGUGGGCCUCUCGGAGGAUGGGCAAGGCGGCCACGCCGCCACGCUGGCCGAGCAGAUCCUGAAGUGCCGCCAGGAGGCCAGCCAGGCCCAGACUGAAGCUGCGCAGGCUCAGAUGAAGCUGUCCCACGUGCAGCGCGAGCUGCAGCAGCGCAAGGCGGAGGAGGGCCGCACCACGGAAGCCUACACUCGCGACCAGCAGGCUCUGUCUCGCUUGAAGACCCGAGCCCAGGGCCUACUCAGGGACAUGGCCGCCCUGGGCUACACGGAGGGCCAGCUGGAGAUGCUGCAGAAGAAGAUGAAGGAGCUGGCCGCGGAGGAGUCGGCGAUGAGAGAAAAAGUAGACCGGGCGGUCGCCAGCAUGCCCCAGCUCCAGUUUGAUUACCGGUGGGUGGAUGUGUUACUCACCUGCUCAAUCAUUUACCCAUUCACUUGCUCCAUCGCCACCACACCCCAGCUCUAG